UCAGCCAAUCAUCAAGAAGAGAGGCGGGCCUUUUUGAAUGCAGAUGGGAAAAAUAACUAUCUAACUCGUUUCCUGGUGUAAAAACGAUUAAUCGCUUAAUUCCUGGAAGUGGUUAGGAAAUAACCAAGUGCAAGACUAUUCUUUUUCUGCUUUAGAGCAAGUUAAUGGAUGUCUGAACCUGUUAAGUUCUAAACCCUCAUCAUGUCUGUAAGAACCCUGUCGUUCAAGGCUCUUCUGUUCCUCGGACUAUGUCAGGUCGGACGCCGAGGUCUCGCCUCUGCAACUGAUCUACAAGAUCCACCGAACAACAUCGCCAUCAUUGGAGCUGGAAUCGGAGGAACAGCAGCAGCUUAUUUUCUCAGGCAGGAGUUUGGACCCAAUGUCAAGAUCGAUGUGUACGAAGCAGGCACUGUUGGAGGACGUCUCGCUACAGAGAACAUCGGUGGACAAGAUUAUGAAAUUGGAGGCUCUAUUUUACACCCACUCAAUUUGCACAUGAAGCACUUUGUGGAUAAAUUAGGUCUGUCAGCUCGUGCUGAUGUUCCUUCCAAGACAGCAAUCUUUGAUGGGAAGGAGAUAAUAUACGAGGAGAGCGACUGGUUUAUCGUGAACUUCCUGCGCAUGCUGUGGAACUACGGCUUCAACUCGCUUCGCAUGAAAAUGUGGGUGGAGGGGAUUCUGGACAAGUUCAUGAGGAUUUAUCAGUACCAGCAGUUCAGCUACUCCUUCACGAGUGUUGAGCGAUUGCUUCAUGCCAUGGGCGGUGACGAGUUUCUCGGUCUGCUUAACCAGACUCUAGAGGAGGCCAUGCUCGCUCACGGCUUCUCUCAGACCUUCAUUAAUGAAAUCGUCACGCCAAUAUCGCGUGUUAAUUACGGUCAGAGUGUUCGCCUGCAUGCCUUUGUUGGUUCCGUGUCCCUGGCGGGCGCUGACUCCGGUCUGUGGGCUGUGGAUGGAGGUAAUAAGAGAGUCUGUUCUGGGCUUCUGUAUCACAGCAAAGCAGAACUCAUUCAGGCACGUGUGACCAACAUCGCUCUCAAAACAAGGCCCCAUAAAAGAGACACCAUCUUAACCUUUUACGAGGUGAACUACGAUGCGGAUUCUGGCCCCGCCCACUCCCUUUAUGAAAUUGUGGUUCUGGCCACACCCCUCCACCAGGGUUUGACCGAUAUCAGUUUCUCUGGUUUCUCUCCUUCCCUGCCUUCAAACUUUGCUGGAAGCUACCACCAGACUGUGAGCACGCUAGUCCACGGGCGUCUCAACGUCUCCCACCUGGACACCAGACGGAAACCGAGCGAGUUUCUCAUCUCUGACGUUUUCACAACAGAUGAUGAGAAAUUGGGCUUUGCCAGUUUGAGCUCCUUGGAUCCUGUCCACAUCACUCCAGGUUACUCGCGACCUCCGGGCAGCCAGAAAAACAUCUGGAAGGUUUUUUCUUCUAAACCGCUGACUGAGGAACAGCUGAAGACGCUCUUCGUUUCACGAGAGAGUGUGGUGGAGAAGCGCUGGCUGGCGUAUCCAUCAUACAGAGCGCCAGAGCGUCGUGCCCCACCUUUCAUCUUCCAUCAGAACCUCUACUACCUCAGCCCUAUCGAGUGGGCCGCAUCAGCGAUGGAGAUGAGCGCCAUUUCAGCACGAAACAUAGCACUGCUCGCCAACCACCGCUGGCAAGGACACACAUCGAAGGUGGAUCAGGAGGAUCUUCAUGCUCGCCUCCGGGGGGAGCUGUAGAGGAGCGAGAGAUGCAUUUACUAAUAACAAUCAGGAAAUCAACAAUGCACUGGCUGUUUCUCACGGCAUUAUCAGGUUCUUGAACUUGGAAGUUGUCUAUGUGAAUUGAGGACCACUUUUAUGUGCUUUUCCAUUACUAGAGAAGUGUUUUAGAGAGAACAGCUGUUAAGAGUUACUACUUGUAUAACUGAUUUAGUAAAGUUCUUUCCAUUGCA